GUGGGUUUCUUGUAUUUCUCAGUGGUGGAAGACUACUUCACAGAUUUUAUCAAUUUACAUGGCAAAGGUUGGAUUUCAGUGUAUUGUGACCCGGCAAGGCCAGCUUUUUUGGGCUCAGGCACCACAAAUCUGAGUGAUGUGUUGGUUCAGAGCACCAGAUGGAGUUCUGGUUUGGUUGAAGUUGCUAUCUCAAGGUUCUGUCCUCUUCUACAUGCCCCAAAGCAGAAGGAGAAGCAGAUGUCUGUUCUUGCGAGAAUGUGUUAUGCAGAACUUGCAUUCUUUCCUUUCUAUUUCAUCCCAUUGUGGUGCUUUGCUACCAUUCCUCAGCUCUAUCUUCUCAAUGGCAUUCCCUUGUACCCUGAGGUUUCAAGCUGGUAUUUCAUUGUAUUUUCAUUCAUUUUCGUCUCGUCCCAAUCCAAACACAUCCAAGAGAUCUUCUCAACUGGAGGUUCAACCCAAACAUGGUGCAAUGAACAGAGAAUGUGGAUGAUAAAGUCAGUCACAUGUCAUCUCUAUGGAAGUUUGGAUGCUUUCAUGAAGAGAAUGGGUAUGAGAGAAGCCAGUUUUCUACCAACCAAUAAAGCUGUCGAUGGUGAGCAACUCAAGAGAUACCAAAUGGGUAAAUUUGAUUUCCAAGCAUCAAACAUGUUGAUUGUUCCAGUGGUUACCUUGGUGAUUCUAAACCUAGUAUCCUUGUUUGGAGGAGUUACUAGGAUGGUGGUUAUCAAUGGAAGUUUCAAUGAGAUGUUUGUGCAAGUUGGUUUGUCAUUUUUCAUUGUAUCAAUGAGCUACCCUAUUGUUGAAGGGAUGGUGGUGAGGAAGGACAAGGGUAGGGUUCCAAUUUCUGUUUCUCUUUUGUCUGCUGUGAUUUCCAUGAUUUACUUGCUUUUGGGAUCUCUUAUUAUCAUGUAUUGGUGACAAGUAGAUCAUGUAGUUGGGUUAGAAGUUUUGUAUUAAUGUAUCGCGAUGUUGUUAGUAUUUUGAUUUUAGUUCUUUUCUUCCUAAGAAGAGGAAAUGAACAACUUGAUUGAAAAUGUAUUGUAUGGACCAGAGUAGGUUUAAUUCUUCUAUGCUUUCUCUGAAAUCCUUAUUCAUAACUAUUACAUUGACCCCAAAGUUCAA